AUGGACAUCAGCCUUCUGGGAGACCUUGCGGGAAUCAACCACCUCAGUUGCUUUGUAACCAAUCAGGGACAUCUGGAGGAAGAAAGAAUGGAUAGUUUCAAUCUUCCAAACUAUACUUCUUCAGUAGAAGAAAUAAGGUACAUAAUUGAGGAGGAAGGUUCUUUUGAAAUUUUGUACCUGGAGACUUUUAAGCUCCGUCAUGAUGCUGGCUUCUCCAUUGAUGAUGAUUACCAGUUACGAUCCCAUUCCCAAGUAUACUGCGAUGAACAUGUUAGAGCAGCGUAUGUGGCAUCAUUCAUUAGAGUAGUUUACGAACCCACCCUCGCAAGUCAUUUUGGAGAAGCUAUUAUACCUGACAUAUGCCACAGGUUUGCGAAGAAUGCAGCAAAGCUACUCCGCAUGGGCAAAGGCUUCUUUAAUAAUCUUAUCAUUUCUUUUGCCAAAAAACCAGAGAAAUUGGACAUGUAA